GGGCGCUGUCCGAGGCGCCACCCGCGCCGGCGUGGGAGCCCCGAGGAGCCGCCCGUAGGGCUCCAGGCGUCCUUCGAAGUUGAGGCGCCCUCCCUGCCGCCCCAGAUUCGCCAGGCCGAGGCGCCAUGGCCCCCAGGGCGUGGGGGCAGUGGAGCGCAGCCCUGUCCCACCUGGCGCUCGGAGCCGUGUCCCUGCGCGCAGCCGCCGGCACCGCCCAGGCCAGUCGAGGGGCCGCUGCUGGCUUCCUGCUCCAGGCCUUGGCCGUCACCACCACGCUGGCCCCAGGGCUGGGCACAGAUGAAGACUGUCUCGCCGGAAGCUGGGUGGCCACUGUCAUCGGACUGCCCCUUCUGGCCUUCGAUUUCCACUGGGUGAACGGGGACCGCUCCUCUGCCAACCUCCUCCUGGGAGGAGGCAUGGUGCUGGCAAUGGCCGGGGACCACCUCGGUGCUGAGGGCCGCUCCGUGGCUGGCCAGGCGGUGGUGCUGGUGGUGGCAGUGACCAUCCUCAUUGUGGCCGUUUUCACCACCAACACUUAUGGCAUGUGGGGGGGCGCCAUGCUGGGCGCUGCCGGUCUCCUGAGCCGGCUGGAGGAGGACAAACUGCUGCUGCUGCCCAAGGAGGACCUCUGUCGCUGGGCCCUGGCUGCGGGCAGUUGGGCCUACCACCGCGCGCUGCACACACAGCGCCUGCAGUGGGAGUGACCACUGGCGGCAGCUGAGCAGGGCCUCUGCCCUGGACACGGGCCUCCCCCUCCCGAAGACCACCUCCCGAGACCUCCUCCCCAGUGGACACACUCGUUCCUCCCAGAGUGGGCUUUGCACUGGCCCAGGGUCAGGACGCGUGGACGCCCCCUUCUGGCUGGACUUGAGGACCGGGACGGAGGAGGCGGGUCUUAAGCACAUUGGGGGCCUGAUUUGUGUUUGUGUGUACAGGGAGGAACUUGAUCCCCAAUAAAUCUUAGGGAUUGGCAGGAACGUGUAAUCUGGCCAUUCUUGAGGAUCCAAGGGUCUUCCGGAGCUUCCUAAGGCCUGCGGAGCUGGGGAACCACGCGCCUCGCCAGCCUGGCCUUUCAACAACACGGCCCCUCUGGGGGGGCCC